AUGUCCACCGACCCCGCCUCCCAGCUGCCCUUCUACCACGGCAGCAUCUCCCGGAGGGACGCGGAGCGGGAGCUGAUGCUGGCGGACAGCGCGGACGGGCUCUUCCUGCUGCGGCAGUGCCAGCGCAGCCUGGGGGGCUACGUGCUCUCGCUGACCUACCAGGGGGUCUUCAACCACUACCCCGUGGAGAGGCUGCCCAACGGCACCUACGGCAUCCCCGGCAGCAUGCCCCACUGCGGCCCGGCCGAGCUGUGCGAGUUCCUCAGCCGGGAGCCAGACGGGCUGCCCUGCGCGCUGAGACGGCCCUGCCUGAGGGCGCCGGAGCAGCCCCCGAGGAAGGGGCUGUUCGACACCCUGAGGGAGAACCUGCUGCGGGAGUACGUGAAGCAGACCUGGAGCCUGGAGGAUGCUGAAGACAUAGAGCAGGCGGUCAUCAGCCAUGCUCCGCAGCUGGAGAAGUUGAUGGCCACCACGGCCCAUGAGAAGAUGGCCUGGUACCACGGGAAGAUCUCCAGACAGGAGGGCGAGAGGCUUCUGAACACAGGGUCCAAGACCGACGGCAAGUUCCUCGUGCGCGACAGCGAGGCGGGUACAUUUGCACUCUCCAUGCUAUAUGGGAAGACGGUAUACCACUACCGCAUCAACCAGGACAAGUCAGGGAAGUACUCCAUACCAGAGGGAGACCGCUUUGAUACAGUGUGGCAGAUGGUUCAAUACCUGAAGAUGAAGCCUGCCGGACUCAUGACCAACCUCUCUGAAGACUGUGCCAACAGCGCGAUGGCAGCCAAGUCACCUGCUCUUCCAGCAGGGAGGAAGCAACGUCUGAAUGGAUACACACCGCCCCCUAGAGUCACCUCGUGCCUCCCGGCCCCCUUGGCGGGCAGCCAGCUGCUGCCCAUGGACUGCAGUGGUUUCGUCAACGCGUACCACAACCCCAAGGACCUGAAGAAGUUCUUCAUCAACAGAGACCAACUGGUGAUGGACGAGGUGGAGCUGGGCUCAGGGAACUUCGGCUGUGUCAAAAAGGGCGUCCUUAAAACCACGGAAAACAAUGAGAAUGGGCAGAUUGACGUGGCCAUCAAAGUGUUGAAGAACGAGGACGAGUCGCUGGUGAAGGACGAGAUGAUGAGAGAGGCUGAGAUCAUGCACCAGCUUAGCAACGCCUACAUAGUGCGCAUGCUGGGUCUGUGCCAAGCAGAGAGCCUCAUGCUGGUCAUGGAGAUGGCCUCGGCGGGCCCCCUCAACAAGUUCCUCCAGGCCAACAAGAGCUCAGUGAGUGUGGAAGGCAUCGUGAGGCUGAUGCACCAGGUCUCCAUGGGGAUGCGGUAUCUGGAGGAGAAGAAGUUUGUACACAGAGACCUGGCCGCACGCAACGUUCUGCUGGUCAACCAGACCUUCGCAAAAAUCAGUGACUUUGGUCUGUCCAAAGCCCUGGGUGCAGACGACAAAUACUACAAGGCUCGGGCUACGGGAAAGUGGCCCCUGAAGUGGUACGCCCCAGAAUGCAUCAGCUUCCACAAGUUCUCCAGCAAAAGUGACGUUUGGAGUUUUGGCGUCACCAUGUGGGAAGCCUUUUCCUACGGGGGGAAACCAUACAGGAAGAUGAACGGUCCUCAGGUGGUGGAUUACAUCAAGGAGGGGAACCGCCUGGAACGUCCUGCACAAUGCCCAGAGCAAAUGUACCGGCUCAUGAUGGACUGCUGGACCUACAAACACGAGGACAGGCCAGACUUCCAGCAGGCUGAGGGGUCCAUGAGGACUUACUACUACUCCAUAUGUAACCAGCCUCAGCCAGGGGAUGAGGCUGGUGCUGCCCAGCCUAUCAAGUAGAGCAGAACAAGGCCUUCCUGUCCCUGCACAAUGCAGCCAUUCAAACCUUCACAAAAGGCUUCUAACAAACUGUCCUCAGUGACCAGCUUCUCUUACUCUUACAUUGCAGCUUAACCAUUUUAUUUCUUAAUUUAGCAUUAAAGUUCUCCACAUAUAUGCAAAUGAGAAAUGUGCCCUAAUGAAGAAGCAUUAUGAUGUAAUUAAAUUGAGAGAAAAUAGGUAUAGUGUUCUUCAUUUGAAAUUAAUGAUGGCUAUUUGGAGGCAAGUAGUCAAUGAAUUAAAACUCCC